UCUAUACUGUGUUAUGUUUGUUCGCGUAGCACUCCUUACAGGCCGUUUGGUGUACGUUUUUUGGGGGGGUGAGAUGAAAUCUCCAAUUGUGAAAGGUAUUAUAGUACAUCAUUAUUGCAACACAAGAUUUGUUCAAACCUAAAAUGUUAGUCCGUAAUCGUAACAUGGUGUUUUGCAUGUUCACAGAUUAAAUGUAACGUUUACGUUCCAUGUUUCACGCAUUGCUUUUCUUACUAUCCUAACAAUUUAUUAAUGGAUUUUCUAACGAUACGUACAUUCCAUCUUUUGGCAGAUAUUUCGCUCCAUAGUAUGACAGGUUUGAAUGGACAGAGGUUUGAAGAAUGCCAUCAUUAACGACCACUCUCUUAUAAUCGCACAUUUACGGCGUCACUGAUGUUCUUCUACCCACUAUUGUCCAUAUUUUGGGCUGUUUCUGCAAAGGCAGAUUUCUUUCAAUUUGACAGUAUUUCUAAUGUAUCUACGUAUUAUUUCAAUUAUAUUUAUUGUAAUAUAUGGGAAGGGGAGUGUCAACAGAAUCAAGAUGAUGCGACUCAGCAAGUACCUACUAGGGACCUAUGGGCAGCAUUCCCUCAAGACUAUAUCAGUUUGCUGUCACAGUGGUAUUGCAGCCUGGGACAGUGCUGUGAAUCAGGGGAUUGUCGGAUAACAAAUAAUAUUACAGGUCUGGCUAGUGAUCUACAGCUAAAGCUUCAUGGGCAGCACCUUGCCCAAUCAGUGGUUCUGAAGGCUGUGCAGGGCUUCAUCAGUAACCCUGAAUCCAAUAAGCCAUUGACCCUCUCCUUCCAUGGCUGCUCCGGCACCGGCAAGAACUUUGUGACCCGGAUUGUAGCUGACAACUUGUACCGGGACGGGGUGAAGAGCGAGUGUGUGCGUCUGUUCAUCGCCCCAUUCCAUUUCCCCCAUGCCAGACUAGUGGACACGUACAAGGGCCAGCUCAGAGAAGCUAUCCGGGACAUGGUGCUGCGUUGCCCACAGACACUUUUCAUCUUUGAUGAGGCUGAGAAACUGCACCCCGGCCUUAUAGAUGCUAUCAAGCCCUAUAUGGACCAUUAUGACAAUGUGGAUGGGGUCAGCUAUAGGAGGGCUGUCUUCUUAUUCCUCAGUAAUAUAGGUGGGACCACCGUCAACGAUGUGGCCUUGGACUUCUGGCACUCAGGGCAAAACAGAGAGGACAUUGGGAUGGAGGACUUGGAACACCGGCUACGUGCUGAAGCUAUGGAUUCUCAAGGAGGCUUUGCACAGAGUGAACUGAUGUCAGGUCACCUUAUUGACUUCUUUGUGCCCUUCCUACCUCUGGAGUACCGUCAUGUCAAGCUCUGUGCCCGUGAUGCCUAUGCAGCGCGGGGUCUGGAGCCAGACGAGGGAACACUGGACGAAGUGGCGAAGGCCAUGCUAUAUACACCCAAGGAGGAGAGGCUGUUCUCUGCCCAAGGCUGCAAAUCCAUACCACAGAGGAUCAAUUUCUUCCUACCCUAAACAGACCAAUGCAACACAUGAACAGUGUUUUGGCAAAAAGGAAAAAGUAUGUCCUGCUGACAUAUUGAACAUUUCUGCAAUGGCACAUGUCAAUCGAACAUGUGGUAUGCCCACUCUUCACCCUACACUGCCAAGAAAGGAAGCAUAGAGCAUCUGGCUAUAGUAAGAUUCAAUCUGAUAACGAAGAGAUUUUAGAGUGCAUUUUCAACUUCCUCAGACAAUUUUUAUGCAAUUAUUUUACGUGAAGUAGUAUUAUUAUUUGCAUGUACAGUACCAGUCAAAUGUUUGGACACACCUACUCAUUCAAGGGUUUUCCUUUAUUUGUACUUUUUUCUACAUCAUAGAAUACAUAUAAUAUAUGUAGAAUAAUAGUGAAGACAUCAAAAUGAUGAAAUAACACAUGGAAUCAUGUAGUAAGCCAAAGUGUUAAAAAUCAAAUUAUAUUUGAUUCUUCAAAGUAGCCACCCUUUGCCUUGACA